AUGCAUGCGCCGCGUAUGACACCUUUAUCGGCAAGUGUCUUUUUUGCUGGAGGACACCAUGCCAGCAAACGAAGACGAACCAUGACACCUUAUCAGAAUUAUGAUGAGUCUCUUGACCAAUUCAGAGUUAUUGAUGCCCAUAUACUAGGUAAUACUUGGCCUCGUGGCAUUUGGAUGGUGCUCGUUGGAGAUACUUAUGAUCUCUUGUCGAAUCAUCCCCAAGUCAAUCAAAACCAAUCUGUCAAGGGAGCGCUCUCUCUACAAAUCCUAGCCGAAACGAAAUUAUUCAACGAGUUGCACCUACAGACACCCGCGAACUUCCGGCGAUUAUUAGACAGAGCAUCAGUGAUGCCCAGAUUCUUCCCGACAGCAAUCUCUAAGAGUCGUGAAAAGCCUUUAAGGUUAUCGAGGUACUAUAAUUCAAGGGAGUUACUGGGCGAGGCUCUGAUGACUCAGUCUGUUAUAGACCUAGGCUACCCCUACAAUCUGAGCUCAGGUCAUGUUCUUCAGAUCUUAGAGAAAGUAAUGAGCUCUAUGAAUCGAGGAAAUGUUACCGCGUUGAGUCUGUGCGGCAAUAACUUGAUCAGCCCAGCUGCCCUAGAAACGAUUCUCGCCGCGUUGCCAAAUCUCAAAGAUGUCUACCUCCUGAACACUCCUGGAAUACCGCUAGGGAGAAAGAUGGAGAUUCUCCAGGGAACAAAGGUAUCAGGCUUCCAUGAUUCGGAGUUGUAUUCCAUGGCAUUCAAGCCAGCCACAGGUAGUCUCGGCUAUAACAAGAUUGAGCCACCACACUUUCUGGUCUCUCAAGUCAUUUACGCACUAUCAUCUGAUGGAAAGAUACCGGGCUUGAUUGCCAGGAAAACGAAAGAUUCCUGGCCAUUUGAGGAAAGUGUGUAUGUUCUAAGUCUCCGAGAGGUCAACCUCACACUUCCAUUUCUCAUCAAUGGAUUUGCCAAUUUCCUUCGAGUACUCUCUAAUCCAGAUACGGAUCGGAAGCAAGUGUCCCAUGGCACGCGGAUUCUAGCGAAGACUAUGGCAAUAUCGGAGAUGAAUGACGAGAUGAAAAUUGCACCAAUAGCCAAAAAUCUGUUCGAGUUCAACUUGACAAGAAAUAAAGAGGAGGGCGAUUGUUGGAUGAACUACUACCGGCAGAGGCCCAGGGCAACUCCUUCAGGUAAGUGGAACUUGAUAGUCGUUUCUCAACCGUAUGAGCCGUUCCCAGGAGCAGCCAAACAUUCUUUCCGUCAUAGAUACGCAUUUAUCAAGGCGAAAGAACACGGUGCACACGUCGAGGCGAACGCCGGUCAGGAAUGUACAGGUUCCGUCGCAUUUGUUAAGAGCUAUGAGCCGCAGUUGGUCGUGGCUGAUAUUGAUCAGUUUCUUCAACAGGCUGUUACAGGCGAGGAAGACGAAAUGAUUAUAAAGCAAGCUCGAGAUUUCUGGAAGAAAGGCACUGGCUUGCUGGAUUUGCAGAGAUGCAGCGAGGCGGAAGUAGAAGCAAUUGUAAAAGAGGCCAAGCUUUCAUUUGGGAUUAAAGAAGACAAUGGUAUGGUGAUGUUGAAAGUUUUCGGGCAGGAGACCGGUUAG